AUGUCGAAACGAGAUGUAAUGUUUCAUCCUAUCAUUAGUUCUAUUCAAAGGAUAGCACUUUACGAAACUAAAGCAAGAUUUUAUCUAAUUGGUUCAAACAACACAGAAACCAGAUUUAGAGUGCUUAAAAUAGAUAGAACAGACCCCAAAGAAUUAAUACUGGUUGAUGAUAAAGUUGAGUACAACAAGCAAGAGAUACACCAACUGCUGAAUAUGAUUGGCUUUGGCAACAGAAGUGGAAGGUCAACAGGACUUAAUAAAUUAGUUUCUGCUUUUGGAAUUGUUGGCUUCAUAAGAUUUCUAGAAGGAUACUACAUAAUACUUGUAACAAAAAGAAGGAAGAUUGCUGCGAUAGGCUCACACUCCAUAUACAAGAUUGAAGAUACAGCCACAAUAUACAUUCCAAAUGAAAACAACAAGCCUCCACAUCCUGACGAGCAGCGAUAUCUGAAAAUGUUCCUCGCCAUUGAUCUUUCCACUAACUUCUACUAUAGCUAUAGUUAUGACAUCACUCAUACUUUACAAAUGAAUAUGGCUCCUCCAAGACAAUUAGCUCCUGCGUUAUUUCCAAAGCCCAUCACAGCUGCAGUUUAUCAAUCCAAUCUAAAUGGCAAUAUGGAGAAGCAGGAGAAAAAGUGUGAGUGUAACAAAAAGGAUGAUGAUGAAGAUAUAUUUGAAACAUGGAAGAGACAAGUGCAACAGAGGGCUGAGAAGAUUGGACAUUUAAAUCAGAGGCUUGAUUUUGGAGUCCGAGCAGUUCCAGAAUGGAGAUUUGUUUGGAACAGUCAUUUGCUUUCUGCAGUACAUUCACAGUUACAUCCAGAUUGGAUUCUAUACAUUGUGCAUGGGUUUAUAGAACAGAGCAACCUCAACAUAUUUGGAAGACCAGUAUAUUUGACCCUCAUUGCUAGGAGGAGUAAUAGAUAUGCAGGUACAAGGUUUCUUAAACGAGGUGCCAAUAUGCAUGGAGAUGUGGCUAAUGAAGUAGAAACUGAACAAAUUGUGCAUGAUUCUAUGGUGUCAUCAUUUGCGUCUGGAAGGUUUAGUUCAUUUGUCCAACUGAGAGGCUCUAUACCAAGUUACUGGUCUCAAGAUGUGUCUAAAAUGGUACCAAAACCAGCAAUAUCAAUUGAUCUCAGUGAUCCUUUUGCAGAAAUACCAGGAAAACAUUUGAACAAUCUUAUGUGCCGAUAUGGUUCACCAAUAAUGUUUUUAAAUCUAGUCAAGAAAAGAGAAAAGAAGAAACACGAAUCUCUGUUGACUGAUGUUAUAAGCAAUGCUAUAAAAUAUUUGAACCAAUUUCUACCCCCAGAGUUUGCUAUACAGUAUUAUCACUUAGACAUGGCACGGAUGAACAAAGGUGCCGAUGCCAAAGUUUUAGACAAGCUAUCGGCGAUAGCGCGUACAGUGGUGCGUCGGACGGGCAUAUUCGUGAGCUCUGCGGCGUGCGGCGGGGCGGUGGGGGGCGCGGCGGGACACCAGGCCGGGCGCGUGCAGGCGGGGCUGGCGCGCGUCAACUGCGUCGACUGCCUCGACCGCACCAACACCGCGCAGUUCGCCAUCGGCAAGUGCGUGCUCGCCUAUCAACUAUACGCAUUGGGUCUAAUAGGAGAGCCAGUUAUCGAAUUCGACUCAGAUUGUGCGAGAUUAUUGGAAGGACUCUACGAAGACCAUGGCGACACAUUGGCACUACAGUAUGGCGGGUCUCAAUUAGUCCACAGAAUAAAAACAUACCGGAAGACAGCGCCGUGGUCGUCCCACGGGAACGAUAUAAUGCAAACGCUAAGUCGAUACUACUCCAAUACGUUUUCGGACGCGGAGAAACAAAACACGAUGAACUUGUUUCUAGGUCUGUUCAUACCGGACCCUGCCAAACCGCCAAUAUGGGACUACCAAAGUGAUUAUUACUUGCAUCACCCUGAAUCUAUGGUUUAUAUACCUCGAAAAAGGUCACUUACAAAGUGGUGGGAUGAUGACGUAUUGCGUUAUCUCCCGAUGCCGUGCAAUGAGAUGAGGAAGCUGUGUUGCGAGAUUAUAGGUAUACAGGGUGAUUCUAGUAGCACCAUAGAAAUGGUUGACCCUUACCACGACUACAAUAGACCGUUUGAGUACACAGUAUUUACGGAGAGUUUCGAGUUUAAGAUGUGUCACACACUCCGUGAUCUGGCGCCGACGUUCUCGGAGAGUUUCAGUCCGUUCGUGGUUCGCGGCCGCGCCAUCGGCCAGAGCAAAGGCCCCACCUCCAAGAACCCCGUCAUCAGCGGCCGAUCCAGCACUACUUCUAAUAAUUCCAGCGAUUCAAAUACUGAUUCCUCAACGGACGAUGAUUUAACAAGUUCCACUCCGAGUUCGCGGCUAGUAACUCCCUCACCAUUGACGCUCGUCGCUAAGAUUUUAGAGGCGAAACAAGAAGAAGAAACACCUCUGUUUCCGGCUAUUAAGAGAACUAACAGAGUGCCUCUCGGCGAGCCCAGCAAAAGAGAUAUGGUGAUGUACAAACGCUACGUGAACUUCGAGAAGCGCUCGAACCCGCGCUACAAGUCCGACAUUCACAUCGUGAUCACUCUCAACAGCGCGUUUACAAUCGACAGUUCUGUCGAUGUCAUCCCGCCGACGGUCACCAAGGCGUCCAAAGAAAUAUACCACGAUUACGUACAACGCACCAAAGGACAUAUUCCUAUAUCCACAAAUUCUAUAGCACUUUAUAAACAGUAUGUAAACUUUAGCUUGUAGAGCAGUUAUUGAAAUUCUACGUUACGUUAGCCAAAUGUAUUACAUACCUCGAAACAUUAUAUAUGUAAUGCUAUAAAUUUGGCAUUGAACUAGGCUUAAUACAAAAAGCAGUUUUGAAAAUCUGGAAAUUGUCUAUACUAGUAAAAUUCAUAAUAGGAAUUUAAUGCAUUAGCAUAUUAUGAUUUGUUACAAUAUUUUAAAAUGUGUACUGUCAGACACAAAAGUAACUGAACAAAGUUAACACCCUAAAACACACCUGAACAUUAGCUUCAAGUGAAAUAUUCUUAUUUCGUUAUUUGAAAAAAGUAAACCCUUUGAAGUUUAUUUUAUUGAAGAAAAAACGCUUGUUGAUAGGGGCACAGAAGUGCAGGCGAUUUGAAAUUUUGAUUUUGUUCAACUACUUUCAUCAUAGCCGCACGGUACUUUAACCGAGGGGAAGUAUAGACGCCUAGCUUUUCGUUGACUAACUGUGUAACCUAGGGAACUAUAAUAUAAUAGUUCAUUACCCUUCUGUGAUUUAAUGACUUGAAACAACAUGGUAUGGCUAAGGAUUAUGAUUUUUGACGAUAGAUCCAUUGUACAUUAGACCACUGCUUGUGCUUAUAUCAUGAAGAUAUUUAUUAGGUGUAAUAUGUUAUUAUUAUAACUAUUUUAUGAAUAAAUAUAAAUCGUUAUCCAUUUUU